CAGGGCUACAUUGUUUUAGCUCAAUAUAAACAUGAGGAAAAUGAUUCCCAUUGUCAAGAAGAUAUCUUUUCUUCGCUUCUACCUUGUUUUUUGUUAUCUGGUACUGCUUGGCUUUAUCACGUGGGCUCUUCCCAUGGAGGACCAGGACUAUUAUCUACAAGAAAUCAUCAAUAGGAAUCAUUAUUAUUCUUAUCCUGAUCCCAAUGAGGAGUUGUCACCUUUCACAGAGCAACCAAGAGAAAAAGACUUGAAACCUUCUGCAGAAAUAGAGGAAUCUCCAAAAUUCAAACCAGGCAAGAAAGAAUUCAAAUCGAAGAAAAUUAUCAAACCAAGAAAGGAUAAAUCAACUCUGGAAACGCCACCAGCUAAAAAUGGUAACAAGAAAGGUGAGAAAAACAAGAAGAGCAAUGAAAGAACACCAGAUGGCGACUAUGAAAGGCGAAACACUGGUGAAGACAGCAGACAAAGUUGUCCUCCCUUGGGUCUUGAAUCGUUAAAAAUUACUGAUUUCCAGCUUCAUGCUUCUACAGUGAAACGAUAUGGCCUGGGAGCUCACAGAGCACGGUUAAAUAUUCAGGCAGGUAUUAAUGAGAAUGAUUUUUAUGACGGUGCUUGGUGUGCCGGACGGAAUGAUCCCUACCAGUGGAUUGAAGUAGAUGCUCGUAGGCUAACAAAGUUCACAGGAGUUAUUACACAGGGAAGAAAUUCUCUUUGGCUGAGUGACUGGGUAACAUCUUACAGAGUUAUGGUGAGCAAUGACAGUCAUGAAUGGAUCACUGUCAAAAAUGGUUCUGGAGAUAUGCUUUUUGAAGGCAACAGCGAAAAGGAAAUCCCGGUCCUUAAUGAGUUGCCAGCGCCCCUUGUGGCACGUUACCUGCGGAUAAACCCUCAAUCCUGGUACGAGGAAGGAAACGUGUGCAUGAGACUUGAGAUCCUAGGCUGCCCUCUCCCAGAUCCAAACAAUUAUUAUCACAGAAGAAAUGAAAUGACUACAACAGACAACCUAGAUUUCAAGCAUCAUAAUUACAAAGAAAUGAGGCAGUUGAUGAAGGUGGUAAAUGAGAUGUGUCCAAAUAUCACAAGAAUUUACAAUAUUGGAAAAAGUCAUCAAGGGCUAAAGCUGUAUGCUGUUGAAAUAUCCGACAAUCCUGGAGAACACGAAGUUGGUGAACCUGAAUUUCGGUACAUGGCAGGAGCUCAUGGGAAUGAGGUGCUUGGGCGUGAACUACUGCUUUUGUUAAUGCAGUUUAUGUGCCAAGAAUAUCUUGCUGGGAAUCUGCGCAUUAAGCAUCUCAUUGAGAAUACUAGAAUUCAUCUUCUUCCUUCAAUCAAUCCAGAUGGAUAUGAAAAGGCCUAUGAAGGGGGUUCUGAAUUAGGAGGCUGGUCUUUAGGAAGAUGGACUCAAGAUGGUAUUGAUAUCAACAAUAACUUCCCAGAUUUAAAUACACUCCUCUGGGAAUCUGAAGAUCGGAGAAGACUUCUGAGAAAGGUCCCAAAUCAUCAAAUUCCGAUUCCAGAAUGGUAUCUGUCUGUAAAUGCUACAGUGGCAGUGGAAACACGAGCUGUGAUAGCAUGGAUGGAAAAGAAUCCUUUUGUGCUUGGAGGGAAUUUACAGGGAGGAGAGCUUGUAGUCGCCUAUCCAUAUGAUAUGGUCCGGUCAAUCUGGAAGACACAGGAGCACACACCCACUCCAGAUGACCACGUCUUUCGAUGGCUGGCCUAUUCGUAUGCUUCUACUCACCGACUAAUGACGGAUGCUCGGCGAAGAGUAUGCCAUACAGAGGAUUUCCAGAAGGAAGAUGGAACAGUAAAUGGAGCUUCCUGGCAUACUGUAGCAGGAAGCAUAAAUGACUUUAGCUAUCUACAUACAAAUUGUUUUGAAUUGUCUAUAUAUGUUGGCUGUGAUAAAUACCCUCAUGAAAGUGAAUUACCAGAAGAAUGGGAAAAUAACCGAGAGUCACUUAUUGUUUUCAUGGAACAGGUGCAUCGUGGAAUUAAAGGCAUAGUCAGGGAUCAACAUGGGAAGGGAAUUCCAAAUGCCAUUAUUUCCAUAGAAGGGGUGAACCAUGAUGUCCGCACAGCAAACAAUGGAGAUUAUUGGCGGCUUCUAAAUCCAGGAGAAUAUGUGGUCAGUGUAAAAGCAGAGGGUUACACUACAUCCAUGAAAAAUUGUGCCGUAGGAUAUGACAUGGGUGCAACCCAAUGUCACUUCACAAUCAGCAAAACUAACUUGGCCCGAAUCAAAGAGAUCAUGGAGAAAUUUGGAAAGCAGCCAAAGAGCCUCUCACUUCGACGGCUCAGACAGCGAGCAAGACAGAGACGCCAGCAAUACAGACUGCUUUCUGCAAUGUAACAAAUAAUGCUAUCACAUUCUACCCUUAAACUGAAAGUAAAUAUUUUUAAUAUGUCAUUUUUAUUCAUGUUAUUGUUAAGAAAUGUAUCUUGAAGAAUAUUUUUGAAUUCACAGUUCAAUAUUUAGAUUUGUAAAUUCUUGUGAAAUUACUGGAAUUAAGAGACUAGAAAAACAUUACAAGGUAAUAAGUACAUACAGUAUCUCUAAUACAAAUGGAAAAUGUAUAUCAUCAAGACCUGGAAAGCAAUCCAGGCUGAUAAAUUAACAAAUGAUCGGCUUAUUAUGAUUAUUUUUUUUAAAAAAAUACUAUUAUGCCAUGAUUGUCUAAUUUGUUAUAUUCUUAUGAAGACUAAAAUUACAUUCAAUUUACAUUCAGUUACAAAAAAAUGAAAUCACUGCAAGUAAAAUAUUGAUAGUGGACAUGCAACAUGCUUGAUUUAUAACAUUUAUUAGCUCUAUUACUUUACUAAUCUGUUUAUGAUAGUGCACAAAAUGCUCUGAAUUACUACAGUUUAUUUAAGUAAGCAGUGAAUAGCAAUCACUAUGUAUUUCCUAGUUAGUUGUUGGAAUGUUUUUUGAGCUGUAAUUACCCAUUUUGUUUUUCAGUAAAUGAAACUUUUGUAAUUGGCUAAGUCCAAUAUAGCAGUCAUUUUGUAAAUACUGUAUGCAACUAUCUAGCAGCCAUUCUAUGUAAGGAAAAAAUACUCUUCAGAUGUGCUAGCAUCUCUAUCAUUUAAAGUGUUGUUUCCUAUAUAUAAGCCUAUUGUGGUCAGUUUGUAGUACUAGUAGUAGUAAUUAGUAGUUUGUUACUAGUAGUAGCUUUCCAGAUUUUAGGCUGGGGACUUUCUCAUCAUUUACCAUUUUCUUAUCUUUUAAAUUCAAGAUCUCAGUUACUGAACCAGGGUCUUUUUCUAGGUCCUCUACUAAAAACUAUGGUGACACUUUUGUGUGGUAUAUACUGUAUAACUAAUUGUCGGAAGAAAAAAAUGACCCCUUUCUACUCUGAGAAGGAACCUACUACAUUCAUGUUUUCAAUAUAGCUACUGUAGCAGUGGACUGAAGUUAGCUUGAUCAAAUGAGAUGAUUAUUAUUUGAAAACUCCAACAUCAGAGAGUGAUUCUUUUCUGAAAAUGAACUAGCACAGGUUCUAUUAUGGACAAUUUCAAAUCAACUGAUAUACACUGAUAUAUACUUCAGCUUAAUUAUAACAUUCAGCUAUGUGCAGCUUAAAUCAGAAUAUGCAGAAGGUGAUCUAUGCAUGUGACUCUGUUGUUUUUGGUCAACAGAGCAGGAAUGCAAUACUAUAUGAGAAGGACAAAAGUAAAUUAUUUCUGUAAUAGACAAGUUAAAAGUAUUCCUUCACAUGAUUAUAGCAUUUCUCACUCUUUGAAAUGCAGUUGUUGACAACACCAUAGUUCAAUAUUCAAAUCAGUUUCUCCUCCAUAAUUAACAUUUUCUGGUUUUAAAAAGCAAGAGAAAAUAAGAAAAAUCUUGGUCAGCUUAUUAAAAAAUGUCAACUACCACUUUUCAGCAAGGAAGUGAUGGACAUGUAAGUCUAGUUUUGAAACAAAAUAUUUUCUACAGCAUAGAGCAUACCCUUAUUGGUUCCAGCACUGGUCAGUGCAUCUUAUUUCCAUAAAUUGGCCUACUCAGUCUCUGCCUGUAAAGUUCCCAGUUUAUAUUAUGAUAAUGUAUGAUCCUUACAAAGACAGACAGACAACAGAUGGACAGAGAUAGGACAGAUAUGAAUUUAUGCAUAGAUGGAAUACUUUCACAUAUGGUGCCUGCUUUACGGAAUUUCUAGAUAGGAAACUACCGGUACUUAAAAUAUGCCCAUCAACGUAUUUAAAAUAGUAACCAAAACCCUGACUGAAUCAUGUAAACAAACAUUAUUGGCAUCAUAUAAUUCCUUGUAUUCAAAUAUCUUUGCAAAAGGUUAGAAUGUAGAAUUAAAUUGCUUUGUUUUCCUUUGACAUGUCAAGAGAAAUUCUAAACAAUAAAACUGUGCCUGAAGGCAGGGAAUCCAUUAUGCUUAAUGCAAUUGUGCAGCAGUGCAGAUGUGAGUCAAGAAUUUUAAGUGUCCAAAGACUUGUUCUCAUUCAGGCAGGCUUUAUUACCUGAAUUCACUAUCAUUUGUCAGAAUUUGUUACUAGUGGAUUGCUGCAUUGUUCUGAAGGCAUUUAUUUAGUGUGGUAUGUGAACUUAGAUUUUUCUAUAGACUGCUUAAAUCAUUUCUACUCUUCCCCCAACUCCUUAAUCAAGUGUUUAUCAGAUUUUAUCAUGAGGUGAACUGAUUUAAUGGCUCAGUAUGUUUAUCAGCUCAUCUAAUGAAUUUAUCAAUCUUCUUGCCUAAGAAGAUGGCUAUGCAUUGUGGAAAUUUAUAUAAGAUGUAAAAGAUACUUACCUUCCAAAUUUCAGUAAUCUCUCCUGAUCUUCUGUAGGUCAAACAACUGAGAUAUCUCCCAUUUGCCCUUGAUUUAAUCUAACUUUUCCACUUCUGUAUACAAGAAAGUCUACUUUUUUUUAUCUUUCUGCCCAACAUCCAUUUACUGAUGACUUCAUGGGAUGUUUUCCAUUUCCCCUAAAAAUAGAGUGUGGAGAAAAGAAUGUUACUUUUACCCAAAUCUGAUCAACAUAUUAUUAUCCCAUCCCAUCAACUAGGAGGUAUAUGCAAUGUACUGUAUUGACAUAUGCCAGACAUUAGUCAUCUCUUUUUAUUAUAGCUUUUGAGUUCUGUAUAUUAAUCCCUGAUUUGUAAUUAGUUGUCUGGAUAAGAUAUAAGAAUUAACAUUACCAAUAAAUGUAAAGAAGACAAGAAAUUUACAAACCUUCAGAUGUGAUUAUUAUUGCAGAUGUUAUGGUCAAUUUAGGUUGCUAUGUUGCAUUAAAUACUUCAAUAUACUGCUAACUAUCAUA